CACCGGGCGGAGCGCUCCUCCCCUGCCCGCCCGGAAUGCCCGUGGGUGCGCGGGGCGGGGGAAGGCCCCACCUCUGGGCGGUGCGCGGUGGUCGCGGCGUGCUUGGGCUGCCGCCGCGGCCCCGCCCGCCUUUCCGCCCCUCCGUGCCUGCGGCGUUCUGCCUCUGGCGGCCAGCUCCGGUUCCGGCUGCCCGGCCGCCUGCUGGUCGUUUGUAUGCAAUGCAGACAGGGAUGAAGAUUGAUAGUAAAACGCCAGAAUGCCGUAAAUUUUUAUCCAAACUUAUGGAUCAAUUGGAAGCUAUGAAAAAGCAAUUUGGUGAUAAUGAAGCAAUUACUCAGGAAAUUGUUGGCUCUGCUCAUGUGGAGAAUUAUGCCUUGAAAAUGUUUUUGUAUGCAGACAAUGAAGACAGAGCUGGGCAAUUUCAUAAAAACAUGAUAAAGUCCUUUUAUACUGCAAGUCUCCUGAUAGAUGUUCUUACAGUAUUUGGGGAGCUCUCUGAAGAGAAUGCCCAGCACAGGAAGUACGCCAGGUGGAAGGCAGCCUACAUUCACAACUGCUUAAAGAAUGGAGAGACUCCUCAGCCUGGUCCCAUUGGAAUGGAAGGAGAGAGUUUUGAUGCUGAAAGGGAGGAAGCAGGGUCGUCUUCUGUCCAUAGUGGAACAGCUCCAUCAUCAUCAUCAUCUACAUAUGAAGCUAACAAUACACCAACUAGUAAUUACACUGGCAUACAUAUACCACCAGGUGCCCAUGCACCAGCCAAUACUCCAGCUGAAGUACCUCAUAACACAGGAGUGACAAGUAACACCAUUCAGCCUGCUCCUCAGAAUAUUCCUCUGGUCGAUCCUUCCCUUUACAGUGCUCAGUCUGCUGGAGAAGUCCGCUUGACUCCAGAGGACUUUGCCAGAGCUCAAAAAUAUUGCAAAUAUGCUGGCAGUGCAUUGCAGUAUGAAGAUGUGAGCACUGCUGUGCAAAAUCUACAGAAGGCCCUCAAGUUACUCAUUACAGGGAGAGAAUGAAGCUUUAAUCGAACAGAUUCAUGUCUUUCGGCUAAAGAACUAACAGUUUAUUACUGUACCUGUUAGGGAAGUGGAGUUACACAGAAAUUGUCAAUCCCAUCACUCAUGACUAUGAAACCACUGCUUCAGUGUCAGAUUAGCAAUUAAUGGUACAGUCUAAAUCUCUGUUUUCAUUUUACAGACAGUGGAGCUUGAAACAUGAAUGCAGUGGCUUGAUGUAUGCAAAAUAUCGAAGACAGUACUGUGAACACCACUCAAGAGUUAGAAUUCAUUUUGCAAUAUUCCGAUUAUUAGAAUUGGAAAAUGCUCACUGUAAAAAACUUGAGAAUUAGGAUGUUCUGUUAAAAUUCUUUAUCCCAGUUUAUUAUUGCAAACAAUUAUUUAAUAGGUAUAAUAGCUUUAAAAUGGUAACUAAAAUGAAUGAGUGCUUUCCUCCUGAAAUUAGAGGCCUAAUGUGAGAAGGUUGACAAGUCCACACUGGGAAGGACUUUUCUAUACAUAAAUUAUUUCGGUAUUUGUAUUAUCUGAGACAUAAGUCUAAGUUGAGGCAGUCUUGAGGACAUUUGUAUGUAAUUUGAAAAUGUGCUGGAAAAAAACAUCUCUUGGUACUUCAGAGGGAGUAAUUUUGAUGGUGUUCCAAUUUCAUACCCUACAGGUGUAUGGACUACUACAUGUAUUCUUGAUUAUGGGUUCUUGCUCCUUCUGAACACUUAGAAUUUUAUGUAUCUGUAUGGGUAAUUAAGAGAAAAUACUAAUAUUUAUCAACAGUGAUCCUAAAACUGGAGGCAGAGAUUCUAAAUAAUUUGAACUUUCAGGAAGACUUACUAAAAGAACAAAACUGUUCUAUCUUUUUAAGAGGCUGGAAAAAUGCCUGUUCUUCAGCCACUAAAACACUAUAGGUUUGUAUCUGGUAUUAGUGUCAUAGAGCUUUGUAUUUCCAACUAAUAUUUUUCCUGUCUGCUUUGUUGUGAAGACUUUUUGGACUUGAGAUUUAAUUAAAAGAUCUUGGAAACUGAAUUUUGAGUCUUCAUGAGGUCUACCACUGCAAUUAUAGAGCUCUUCAUUCUUAAAACCCCCCCCAUGCUGUUUAAAAGAAAGAAUAUGCAAACUUUUAACUGACAUGACAUAAUAAUUGAGUACACCAUAAAGCAUGUCUGAUAUAUGUAAUAAUCUUAAUGGCAUUUUAUCUGAUCUCUCUGUCGUUCCAAGCUGCUGGAUCAAAUCCGUGUUAUUUAUAGCUGCACUGCUUUGGAGUGACUAAAACAAGUCUUAUAUUCAAAGCAAAAAGAUGAGGAAAAGAAAAUAAAACAUAAGCAUGAAUUAAAGUUUAGCUGGUUGUAUCCCUUAA